CCAGGAACGAAACGAAGGUGUUUGUUGAAAUGUGUCAGAGAACUUUGCGUUCGAAACUUUUCAUUCGGUGCAUGAAAUUCGUAUGAGAUAUAGCAAAACUCGGGACAAACGUAAUGGGUAUGGAAGCUCAGAAGGAGGACCAAACCAAGUCCAAGGGCUGGCUAUGGUGGCUACUGGUGCUGGUGCUAGCAGCUAUGGUGUUCGCGGCGGCUGCGCUCACUCUUCUGGAUAAUUUCAAACACUCCAAGCCAAGUGGCGGCGUACCGGAUCACCCGGGUCCAAUCGUUACCGAAUAUGCAAACGCUCUUGAAAUGGCUAUGCAAUUCUUCGAUAUUCAAAAAUCUGGUAAGCUUGAGAAUAACAGGAUUUGGUGGAGAGGUGAUUCAGGGCUACAAGAUGGGAGUGAGGAGGAUUUGGAUUUGUCUAAGGGAAUGUACGAUGCUGGUGAUCUUGUUAAGUUUGGGUUCCCUAUGGCUUUUACGGCAACGAUUUUGUCUUGGGCUAUUCUUGAAUAUGGGGACCAAAUGAACUCGGUGAAGCAACUGGGUUAUGCUCAAAACUCGCUUAAGUGGAUCACUGAUUACCUUAUCAAUGCUCAUCCUUCUCCCAAUGUGCUCUAUAUUCAGGUAGGUGAUCCUAGAUUGGACCACAAGUGUUGGCAAAGACCGGAAGCCAUGACAGAGAAAAGACCCAUCAUACAAAUCAACACAUCUUUCCAAGGAACAGAAGUUGCAGCAGAAACUGCAGCAGCUAUGGCAUCAGCUUCUCUUGUUUUCAAGAAAAUUAACUCGUCUUACUCUAACCUGCUUCUCAUGCAUGCCCAGCAGCUCUUUACUUUUGCUGAUACUUAUCGAGGUUCAUACAGUGUGAGCAUCCCCCAAGUGCAGGAGUUCUACAACUCAACGGGUUAUGGCGACGAGCUAUUGUGGGCGGCAGCCUGGUUAUACCAUGCAACUAGAGACGAGUCAUAUCUCAGUUAUGUAACUGAACUAAAUGGGCAAGCAUUUGCUAAUUGGGGAAGUUCAAGUUGGUUUAGCUGGGAUGAUAAGCAUGCUGGAACUCAGGUUCUGCUGUCCAGAAUCAGUUUUUUUGGUGCUAAAGGAAUCUCAGUUGCAGAGAACAUUAAUCUCCAGAUGUACAGAAAGACUGCAGAAAUAGUCAUGUGUGGACUUCUACCUGAUUCACCAACAUCCACAUCCAGCAGAACAGAAAAUGGUUUGAUUUGGGUGAUAGAGUGGCAUUGUCUACAACACUCCAUGGCUUCUGCAUUCCUAGCUGUGCUUUACAGUGAUUACAUGCUCACAUCCCAGACAGAAACGCUCUAUUGUGAUGGCAAAUCAUUCAAGCCAGAAGAUCUCCGCAAAUUUGCCAUGUCACAGGUAGAUUAUGUGUUGGGCCAAAAUCCCAUGGAGAUGAGCUAUCUUGUUGGAUAUGGUAGUAGCUACCCUCAAUAUGUCCAUCACAGGGGGUCUUCAAUUCCAGUUGAUGCAAAAACUGGAUGCAAAGAUGGCUUUGAAUGGCUAUACUCACCAAAACCCAAUCCAAAUGCAGCUGUUGGUGCACUUGUUGGUGGACCUUUUUUCAAUGAGACAUAUAUUGAUGUUAGGAACAAUUCCAUGCAAACUGAACCAAGCACUUACAACAAUGCUCUCCUUGUGGCCCUUCUCUCUGGAUUGGUUACCAGUUCUUCUGUGGUUCAAUCUUUUUCAUAGAAGGCCCUUUGUUUUUUCAUAACUGUAA